AUGGCCGACGUCUGGGACGAGUCGGUGUGGGGAGACGACUUUGAGGAGCCCGAGGAGUAUGAGCCCAGCAAGGAGCGGAUCGUGUUCCUGAUCGACGCCUCCCCCGCCAUGCUGGAGCCAUGCGAGGUGGAUGAGGAGGGGAAGGAGGAGGAGGAGAAGGACUUUGCGGGGCUGAGCUGGCUGGAAGCUGCGGCGAAGGUGGCCCUCCACAUCAUGAAGCAGAAGAUCAUCUCGGCGGCGGGCGACGAGAUGGCGGUACUGCUGUACAAUGCGGCCGCCGCCAAGAGUGCCGAGGUGGCCAGCGACUUCGAGGGCUGCUACCUGCUGCAGCCGCUGGAGCAGCCAGGCGCCGAGUCAGUGAGGCAGCUGGAAGACUUUUCCCUGAGCUUCUUUGAGAAAAAUGUGGGCAGCAAGGAGGACGCGCAGUGCCUGAUCAGUGCGUUCUGGAUGGCACGCCACAUGUGCAGCAGCAUGAAGGGCCCCAAGGCCACGCACCGCCUGCUGGUGUUCACGCGCACCGAGCUGCCCUUCCAGCGGUAUGACAAGGGCCACGACCCCUCCCACCGCUGGCGGCAGCUGGAGGGGCACCUGCGCACGCUGCGGGAUGCCGGUACCCUGGUGGAGCUGUACCCCAUGGCUCCCCCCGCCGCCGCCUUCGACUUGCAGCCCUUCUGGCGCAGCGUGCUGCUGUUCCUGCGGGGUCAGGCCACGGCGGGCGGCGGCGAGGGGGAGGAGGUGGCGGAGGAGGCGCAGCAGGUCUUCCGCCUCAGGGACCUGUUCACCGUGGUGCGCAGCAAGGCGCACAAGCGGCGCGCGGUGGGCUCCAUCCUCUGGCGCCUGGGCAAAGGGCUGGAGCUGGCGGUGAAGCUGUACCAGAUGGUGCAGCGCCAGCGCAUUCCGCCGGCUUUGAAGAUCUCGGGGCGCACCGGGCACGAGGUGAAGGCAGCCACCGCGCAGAUCGACAAGUACACGGGCGAGGCGCUGGAGAAGGAUCAGAUACUUCAUUACUACUUUAAGAAGGGAAACAGAUACCCAAAGGUCUACAUCACUCCCGAGGAGACUCGGCAGAUCAAGGGGGUGGGGCAGCGGGGCAUGACGCUGCUGGGGUUCAAGCCCAUCAGGCGAGGCUCGGGUGGCUGUGUUGUGCGGUGGUGCUGCCUGAAGGAGCACCACCAGACCCGAAACAGUACCUUUAUAUACCCAGACGAGAAGGAGGUGGCGGGCAGCGCCACGUGCUUCAUCGCUCUGUGGGACGUCAUGCGCGAGACCGGCACCAUGGCGGUGUGCCGGGUGGCGCCCACCAAGGCGCGCACGCCCACGCUGGUGGCGCUGCUGCCGCAGGAAGAGACACAGUACGACGACGGCAGCCAGGCCACCCCCCCGGGCAUGCACCUCAUCUACCUCCCCUUCAUGGACGACAUCCGCCACCCAGAGACCUCUGCAGACUUCGUGGGGGCUGUGCGCCACGCGCCCAGCGAGAGCCAGGUGGCGGCGGCCGAGGUCCUGAUCUUGGAGCUGCAGCUGCCCGCCUUUGACUGCGGCAGCGUGCUGAACCCCGCCCUGCAGCGACACUACGAGGUGCUCGAGUCGCUGGCUCAGGGCAUGGAGCCGUGCCUGGUGGAGGACAGCUCCAUAGGGGACCCCACGCUGCCUGGGUGGGAGGAGGAGGCGGGGGAGGGGGCCGAUGACGAGGAGGUGGCGGAGGUGGCGGCGCGCAUGCAGGCGAUCCUGGGGUUCAAGGAGGCGUGCGGCCUCACAGAUGACGAGCCCAAGAAGGCCGGCACCAAGCGGGCGGCUGCUGCGCCGGUGGACGCAGAUGCUGUGGCGGCGCUGGGUGUGGAGGCCAAGGCGGCGGCGGGCACGCUCAAGAGCCUGACGCUUGACCAGCUCAAGAUGUGGCUGCGGUCCCGUGGCCUGACGGUGGGAGGCAAGAAGGACGAGCUGAUAGCGCGCAUACAGAACAAGCUGGGGGCGUAG